AUGUUACAGAUUAUAUUCUACGUUUCUGCACAUGCCAUAUACAAUAUAUACUUCCACCCGCUUGCAAAGUUUCCUGGUCCAAAAUUAGCUGUCAUUUCAAACAUCUUCUAUGCAAGAACAGUAGUCAGUGGAAAUUCGGUAAAGACCAUGAAAGCUCUCCAUGAGAAAUAUGGAGAUGUGGUUCGUUGGUCUCCUGAUGAGCUUUCUUUCUCUUCUGCAGCGGCCUGGAAAGACAUUUAUCUCCCACAAAAAUCUAGAGAAAUUUUCUUGAAGGAUCCCAAGUUCUAUGUAAUUGAUGAUGAACUUCGGGCAAAACAAAUUGCCAAUAUCUUAGACCCUGAAGAGCACGAACGAGCUAGAAAGGUGCUCUCCCAUGCAUUCUCACCGAAGGCUCUCUUGGAACAAGAAGACAUCGUUCUGAAAUACGCAAACAUGUUAAUGAUUGCUAUCCAAGAGGAGUCUCGCAAGGGACCAAUUAAUUUUAUCGACUACUAUAACUGGGUCACUUUUGAUGUGCUCGGGGAACUCGCAUUCAGCGAAGCCUUCGGCUCUGUCAGAAAUAGAAAGACCGAUUCCUGGAUCGCCACCAUACUUCAAGCAAUCAAGUUUGGUGCCUACGACUCUGCAAUCUUCCGUCUCUCCCCACGAGUCUGGAAAAUCAUGCCCUAUUUCAUCCCUUCUAAAAUUACCACAGAGGCACUCAAUCACGUGAACCAAUCCAAAGCCAAAAUCCUCGCCCGGAUGGAGAAGGGAGAUUUAGAGCGUCGAGAUUUCUGUUCUUAUCUCUUUGAGAAAAAAGAGGAGCUCGGAUUAACAGAUUGGAAUUUGGCGGGAUACGCUAAUGUUCUUAUUAUGGCGGGGAGUGAAACUAGUGCGGCGCUUUUGAGUGCGUUGACGUAUUAUCUUUGUAAGACUCCUGAGGUAUACCAGAGGUUGAAGGUUGAAGUAAGGGGGAGGUUCGAGACUGCGGAUGAGAUUACGAGUCAGAGGGCCACGUUUCCGUAUUUGACUGCGGUUAUUCAAGAGGCAUUGAGAAUUUUCCCGCCCUCACCAAUUGCGCCGCCGAGAAUAACUCCAAAGGAUGGUGGGAUAGUAGCUGGUGUCUUCGUACCUGGAGGAACAACAGUCGGCGUCCACAUGUGGUCCGUUACACAUAAUCCAAAUAACUUCAAAGACCCAUAUGCUUUCCGUCCAGAACGUUGGCUUGAUCCAAAUUGCACCGAUAAUCUGAGUGCCAGCCAACCCUUUCUCAUUGGUCCACGAGCUUGUAUGGGACAAAACAUGGCCUGGAUGGAACUCAGGAUCUUGAUUGCGAAAUUGGUUUUCUUGUUUGAUUUUGAGCUUGCCGAUAAUGAUUUAGAUUGGGACCGAGAUUGCGCUUGUUUUCGUCUUUGGCAGAGGCCGGAUUUGUGGACCAAGGUUACAAUGAGAGAAGAUUUAUAA